AGACCGCUGAAAGAGCAUCCGGAUACUGAGCCUGCGCAAAGCGUUUGCUGCUAGCAGCGGCUGCGGUCGCCUGCGCAGAGGCAGAGCGGCGUGCGCUUGCGCAGAAAAUUGAAGUCGCUUCGGCAGCAUUGGGGAGCAUGCAUAAACUUAAAUCAGCUCAGAAGGACAAGGUCCGCCAGUUCAUGGCAUGCACUCAGGCUAGUGAGAAGACUGCCAUCUACUGCCUGACACAGAAUGAGUGGAAACUAGACGAGGCCACGGACAGUUUCUUCCAGAACCCAGAGGCGUUCCACCGAGAGUCUAUGAAGAGCAGUGUGGACCAGAAGAAGCUGGAGCAGCUCUACAGCAGGUACAAAGACCCGCAGGACGAAAACAAGAUCGGAAUCGAUGGGAUCCAGCAGUUCUGCGAUGACCUGAGCCUGGACCCGGCCAGUAUCAGUGUUUUGGUCAUAGCAUGGAGGUUCAGGGCCGCCACUCAGUGCGAAUUUAGCAAGAAGGAAUUUGUGGACGGCAUGACAGAGCUGGGGUGUGAUAGCACAGAGAGGCUGAAAGCUCUUCUCCCCAAACUGGAGCAAGAGCUUAAGGACUCAGCUAAGUUCAAGGACUUUUACCAGUUUACCUUCACCUUCGCCAAGAACCCUGGGCAGAAGGGCUUAGAUUUAGAAAUGGCUGUUGCAUAUUGGAAGUUAGUAUUGUCUGGAAGGUUUAAAUUUUUAGAUCUUUGGAACACAUUUCUGCUGGAGCAUGGCCUGUCCUUAUAGAUGACUUUGUAGAAUAUGCACGGCCAGUAGUCACAGGAGGGAGACGUGGCCCUCUCUAGACGGAAACGCCAGAGACGCCAGACAGAGGGCAUGUCCUGGAGGAGACGGCUGCGUGGGUUGCUGUGUGCAUUUGUCGCUGACCUCAGAGUCUUCCUCAUCCAUUCAUGAAGCAAAUCCUCACUCUGCUUAAAGGCUGCAGUGGCUGACAGCGCAGACACGAAGAAGCUCCUCGGGGCGUGAGGGACAUUGGCAAAGCUAUUGCUUUAGGAGACGCCUGCAUGACUUGUCUUUAUAGAGAGCAACACAGACCCUGUUUGCAGGGCUGAAAGCAUGUUGUUCAGUUGAUGACGUUAAGGUGAGCACCAGCCGUUUCCAAACUGGAAUCAUGUUACAGUUAUGCUUCAAAGUAGCAUCCGUGUCCCCAGAAUGAUGUGUCUUUUAUACAAGCCCAAACCUCUUGAAGAUGGCCUUGUCAGAGAGCCCACUGCUUUUAAUCUUGGUAUUCAAGAUGGAUAGUUUUAAAUCAUCAAAUCUCUAGAUUUACUAGAUGUCUUGCUUUCAUUUUCUCUAGAAGAUACCGUUGCAGUUUGCACGGGGUGGGGGGGCACAGGACGCAAUCCAGCAGGUUCAUAUCAAACUGUUUACAAGCCGGUAGGCCUGGUUCACUUCUACUGAGGUUACUACUAUUAGGCCUGGAUGCUGCCUCCUGAGAAGUUUCUUAUUUUUUUAAUAUAUUUUAUAUUUAAAAGGAUGUUUUCCAUGAGAAACACUUCUUUUUGAGUGAUGAAUUAGACUUACAAAUCAUUUGCACCAGUUCCCGUCACCCGUCUAUGAUGUCUUCAGUGCCCAGUGUCCAGCCCUUCGAAAGCCAUAUGCAUUUGGAAGAAAACAUACGUCAUCCAGAAAGAAUCCACACCCAAAGCCCUGUCUCACUUGUCUGCACCUGGGAUUGUACCGUGUCACUGUGCCGUGUCACCAUCUGCUUUUCCGGUGUUUAUCUGGUCAACGUGCACUCAUGCACACAGACACGGGGGGCCUGGAUACUACAUGCUCAUCUGGUGUCAAGCUUCGAAUAUCACUGUGCUGACCCUACCUCACACUCGCCAAGACUCGGUGUCACAAGCGUGCCUUGCUGCCCAGCCUCCAACAUGGCCGUGCUGGGCCCACAUCAGGACAGGGGACUGGUCAAUGUCUGUACACAGAAAGCGCGUCCCAAAUGUGCUCUUGGGCAGCUCUGGUAAUGGGCCAUGCUCCUGUGCAGGAGACAGCUCUGAGGCAUGCGUGCCCUACGAGAUGGACUGUUGCUAGUGAACAGGAAGCCAACCCCUCAAUGUGUGAGAUGACAUCACUAGUGGCCUGUCAACACAGGUCUCUAAAAGGACAACCGGGACAUCUUUGAGAGCAUCCAUAACCAAACUGACUUGGUGAAAACCUGGAAAACAGCCUUCUUCCAGGCUUUGUGGGUUCCUGACUUGUAGUUAACUUCUGUUCAGAGAAGUUUAUAGAUACACAAAUAACUAAAAUCCGAAGGUCUGCAAUACGUUCUUAUUUUUAAGAUUUAACAUUCUUCAGGGAAAGGACCAGUGAUACGAUUCAGCAGGUUCAGGCACGUGCUGCCCAGCCUGACAGACUGAGUUCAGUCCCUGGGAACCACACGGUGGAGGGGAGUCCUCUGACCUCCACACAUGUGCCGUGAAAUGCAUGUACCCCACACACACGUGUACUCACACAAUCAAACAAACAGACAUACAUACAUAACUUUAAGUUGUUAAAUCCUGUGGGAUUGCCAGUAGGCCGUGACACACUAGUCAUUGAUAAAGGCUUUGCAAAGACUCGUGCUUUCUGUUCUAUUAUUUAUACUCGAAUUGUGCAUGUUACAGAAGUGCUGAGAACUUCAGACAUAGUGAAUAAAAUACUUUCCCCGGU